GCGGCUAUAAGAUCAUCGUCUUAGGGUUUCUUCGCCUCUCCACCCUCGCGCCGAAACCCUAGGCAGUAGAGACCAGAGCAGCGGCCGAGGAGCUCCAACAAUGGCGGUCGGGAAGAAUAAGCGUAUUUCGAAGGGGAAGAAGGGAGGCAAGAAGAAGGCCGUCGAUCCUUUCGCAAAGAAAGACUGGUAUGACAUCAAGGCGCCGUCGGUGUUCAGCGUGAGGAACGUUGGGAAGACCCUUGUUUCUAGGACUCAGGGGACCAAGAUUGCAUCUGAGGGUCUCAAGCACCGUGUGUUCGAAGUUUCUCUUGCUGAUCUUCAGACUGAUGAGGAUCAGGCUUACAGAAAGAUUAGGCUACGUGUGGAAGAUGUUCAGGGGAAAAAUGUCCUCACAAACUUCUGGGGGAUGGACUUCACCACUGACAAGCUUAGGUCAUUGGUUAGAAAGUGGCAGACCCUUAUUGAGGCUCAUGUUGAUGUCAAGACCACAGACAAUUACACCCUAAGGAUGUUCUGCAUUGCCUUCACUAAGAGGCGCCCAAAUCAAGUGAAGCGCACUUGCUAUGCCCAAACCAGCCAAAUUAGGCAGAUACGUCGUAAGAUGAGAGAGAUAAUGGUUAAUCAGGCUACAUCUUGUGAUCUCAAAGAUCUGGUACAAAAAUUUAUUCCUGAGGUGAUUGGGAAAGAGAUUGAGAAGGCUACUACAAGCAUCUACCCACUGCAAAAUGUUUUCAUUCGCAAGGUCAAGAUCCUGAAGGCCCCUAAAUUUGACCUUGGAAAGCUUAUGGAGGUCCAUGGGGACUAUAAAGAGGAUUUGGGAACCAAAGUCGAAAGGCCUGCUGAUGACCUCGCUGCAGAAGGUGAAACAGAAGUAGUUGGAGCAUAAAUUGAGUUGUCUUUAAUCUAAUUUAGCAUAGUAGAACUACUUAUGCUCUACUUUUAUGUCUUUCGGUGAAGAAUGCUACUUGUUUUUGGCAGUUUUGUUGUUUAUCCUUUUAUUUUAAAGAUGAGUUGAAUUGGUUUUGUCUUUGAAUUCAAUGUUGAGACAUUCUGGUUAAGCAUAUUAUUCAUA